AUGAAUCUCGUGCUCAGCCAUGUUGCCGGAAGUCUCUUGCUCGGCUUCGGCGUGGCACAGGAGCACGACCUCAGCCUGUUCGUAAGCUGCAGAGCAGACUUGACGGGAAGAUACAGUCCCGUCGGCUACACGGCUGCGGGCACACCCUACUAUGGAAGCGACAGCGGGUUCUACCUCUUCCACGAUCCCAGUUGCGAUGGAACGGAGGAUCAAGCCGCCCGAUGGGUUCUGGAUGUGGACGCGCCGUCCACGGAAGCAUUCCAGGAUCUGGACCAGGACGGCAAGUGUGCGUACCAGGCGCGCCUCAAUGGAGGCAAUGCUUCUGCGCCGCCUUCCACGGCUCUGUGGACGGUCUUCUGUGGAGGCAGUUGGCAGGAGGAGGAAGUGCUCGUCACCGAGGAUCGCGGUAACCACUACCAGCAGGAGUGCUUCGAGGCCGGCGCCUGCCGAGACGGAGGCUCUACGCCUUGCGAGUGGUGUGGGCUGCACCAGGGCCAAAGACUGUUCUGCUGCAGUGCAAGCGACGAGAACCCGGAAUAUGCAAACUGCUCGCGGACCCCAGAGCUUGAUUUCGGUGCAAGCUUUCGUUGUGUCACCACAACGACAACGACACCAGCUGCAGACAGGUACUUGAGUGGAUGUGGGUCCCACUGCGAAGACGGCAGCCCUUGCGCCUGGUGCGGGCUCCACGAUCAGAAGGAGAUGUUCUGCUGCAGCGAGAAGGAGUACUCUGUUGACCAAGCGUGCCGCAAAGCAGACUGGUCCAGUCGCGGAGACGCUUCAGGGCAGCCUGUCUGUGUGCCCCAGACGCCGCCGCACAAAGCCUUUGCUGAAGAGUCGACCUCCUCCGGGGUGCUCAUGGCUUCUGUGCUGACUGCUGCCAUCCUUCUCGUUUUGCUCGUAGUGGGCAUCUCCUUCAUACUCAGGCGCUCGACCAAGCGUCAGGAGGAGGAGCUUCAACAGAGAGUCCGGGCGAAGAAGGAGAAGAAGUCCACACCGUCCAGGAAAGGCCUAUCAGGUGACUCCGGCGACCCGGAGAUCGGUUCAAGCAGCUUCGCCUCAACCGUGCCAGUGCCGGUCGCGCCGGCCAUGCUCGAGGCGGCCUCAGAUGGGUUUCCCCUCAGCCUGUGA